UCACAGUCAGCCGCYGCUACACCGCGGUGCUAGCCUGGGAAGAAGAACCCGUCGGGACUGAUGGCUGCCGUCGUUCUUCGACUCUAAAACUCAUCUUUUUCUUAUUCGGUCGAGUAGUGCUAUGUCUUCAGGAAUGACGGGACAAACGCGCUGCCUAACGAGCCGUUGGGACAAGCCAGCCCAACCUAAAGAGAGCGUAAAUGUUCAGCAGCAGAAGAGCGUUGGAAAUGCAGCUCUGCCCGUCUCUUUACCCGGUGUUGUCGGGUCUUCUGGGUCGAACAGCGCCGUCUCUCUCCCGCCAGGAAGGGAAGAGAAGCCGGUGCAGGGAGGAGUGGAGCUGGCGGCAGCGAUGGCUGCUAAAAUAAACGCCAUGUUGAUGGCAAAAGGAAAGCUAUUGACUCCCCCGCCCUUACCUGCAAAGAUGCCAACAAGCAUCCCUGUGCCAUCCACGGUGGAGGAAAUGGUGGUGACAGAAGUUGACAUAAACGAUGUGCCGUUAAACAGCAGAGACCUUCUUACGAAAGGAAAAACACAAGAGGAGAUCAGACUGUUUAGUGGAGCUGUGGUCUCRACUAAAGGUCAUUACAUGACAGAUGCUGAAAAGGGAAAAGUAGGAGGACAAAGACCUCUGUACCUGCACGUUCAGGGGAAGACUCAGGAGCAGGUCAACAAGGCCGUGUUGAGGAUAAAGGAGAUCAUCUCUGAAGACGUGAUGAGAGCCUCAGCAGAGUCCGGGAGUCAGCAGGUCCCCAUCAUCCCCCCCCUCACCCUCUACCCUCAGCCCCCUCGGCCCGUCGUCCCCUCUCCGCGGACGCCCAGCGCGAACUCUGCGCCCGGUCCCGGUCACCGACCGGCCGCUCCUCACACGGGGAGUUUUGUGCACACUAAGAUCUUUGUGGGUUUGGACCAAGCGCUGCCUUCAUUCAACGUAAAGGAAAAGGUGGAGGGUCCAUCAGGGACGUACCUGACUCACAUCCAGACUGAGACCGGGGCUCGGAUCUUCCUGAGAGGGAAAGGAUCUGGUUACAUAGAGCAGGCAUCAAAACGGGAGUCUUUUGAGCCUCUUUACGUCUACAUCAGCCACCCGAACGCAGCUGGACUGGAGUCUGCAAAGAAACUCACAGAGAGUCUGCUGGAAACUGUGAGAGMUGAACACGCCCGGAUGCUGUCGAUGUACACGGCCACAGGCUCGACACAACCGUACCCUGCUCAUGGAUACCCAGCUAACAGCAGCUACUCCAGCCAGGCGUCCUGGUACAGCUACCCAGCUAACGGCUACAGCGGUGGCUACGCUGCGUAUCCUGGAGCCGCCGCUUAUUGGAGCAACGCAGACGGUGGUCCUCAGAGCAACGUGUCGACAAACCCUCCAUCCUCUCAGACCAUGGUGCAGUAUCCAGUGUGUCCCAGGAAGCCACACCCAUACCUGGUGCAGGAUCCAGGCAGCAGUGAGACGCUGGAGCCUGCGGGGUCUUUGAACCCCCCACCUGAGACAGGAAGUCCCAAACGUCAUGUGCAGACGGAGGCUGAGGAGGAACAGAUUGACAGCUGCCCCCCGGAGGAAGCUGCUCACCUGGAGUCCCCGCCCCCKCCCCCUCCCUCCACUGCUGUUGAGGAGAAAGUAGAAAGAGUUCUGAUGCCUCCACCCCCACCUCCCUUCGUGGCUCCGCCUCCCUUYGUGGCUCCGCCUCCCUUCGUGGCUCCACCUCCCGUGACGCGCAAGCGGCCGACGGACGCCGUGGCGGAGGACCCAGCUGGACCGCAGGGCGGCGCCGCCGCGUCACCGGAUGAGGAAGACGUGUGUGUGAAGAAGAUAAAGGUGAACCUGGACACCUCCGGGCUCGUCCCCUACGAAGGAGACUCCUCAGACGAAGAGGAGGAGGAGGAGGAGGAGGACGAGAGGACUGACAGCAGUAAGACAGAAAACUCAUAACCUCAGCCAGCCCCCCGCCCCAUCUUUGUCCUGAAACAUUCAGUCCCUCAGAGUCCACAGUGUCCCCCCAACAACACGGAGCGUGAAAUACAGGAAGUCUGAAGGUGGCGUCUCGCCGAGCUGCAGCUCGUUGGUUUGAACCCUCCUGCUCGCCGAAUGCUCCGGUGAGACGUCGUCUUCAGCAGAACCAGCGUCUUUAUGCUCCUUUUUAUUUUUAUGACUCAAACACUUAAAGCUGGUGAGGGCACACAGGGAGAAUAAAAACUGGAUCCUGA